AUGUCGGCCAACAGCCCGCUGACCGACCCGUCAUCAUCAGACCUCUACAAUGAGCCUCUACAGAUCUACUUCCCUACCACUUACUUGUUGGCCUUACCUGGCCAUCUGUGUGGGGAGAGGAUAGAUGCUGAUACCAUUUAUAUAUGCAAG